AUGCUUGCAGGAGUCUUCAAGGUCGCGGCGUUGGCCCUCGCUGCUUUGCCCGUGGACGCCUUUACUGUCUCUCGAGACACAGCACCGGGAAACGCUGCGUGUGCGAACCUGACGGCCUCACUUGAGAGCAGUACAGUCAAACAGCCGCUCAGUCUAGCAUACGCUUCGAGUAGACAUGACUACUGGAACGCUAUUCAGAGCUCGUACACUCCAUCAUGCGUGGUAUAUCCCGAGUCGGCAAAAGACGUCUCGACUGCGUUGAUGGCCAUCAAAGGCGCAGGAUCACGUUUUGCGAUCAAGGCCGCCGGCCACAACCCCAAUACCUUCUUUUCUUCCGUUGACGAAGGUGUCCUGAUCGAUCUCAAUGAGAUGACUGAGAAAACAUACGACGCUUUCACGAACUUGGGCUCAUACCAGCCCGGCGGUACAUUCGGCGACAUCUACAACUACUUCGACCAGUACGGCAGGACCGUUGUCGGUGCUCGACUUGCCGGCGUUGGGACUGGACUGGCCCUCGGCGGCGGACUCAGCUAUCUAUCGCCUCAGUACGGCCUAGCCUGCGACUCCUUCCGCGAGCUCGAGGUCGUCCUUCCGAAUGGUGAGAUCGUUACAGCAUCUCCGACUGAGAAUGAAGACCUCUUCUUCGUCAAUCGCGGUGGCGGGGGAAAUGCGUAUGGCGUUGUCACAAAGUACACAAUACAGACCCGACCUUCCGGCACAUUCUACGCCGGUAACCUCAUCUACGUUCUCGACUUGAAAGAUAAAGUCCUAGAAGCCAUCCGCGACUUUACCCGCUACAACACCGACCCCAAAGCCUCCAUCAUCGGCACCUACGAGAAAAUCCUCACGCCCUCCUUAGGCGACCUGGAUCUCGACCAAGCAAUCAUCAUGUUCCUCGUCUACGACGGCCCAGACGCCGGAAAUGUCUUCGACAACUUCACCAGCAUCCCGCACCUGCUCAACACUCUCGGGAAGAAGAGCUACCCCGAAGUCGUCAACAUGCCCACCCCCCUCUCCACGGAAAUCAGCCGCGGCGACAACAUCUUCCGCGUCCAAGUCCAUGGCAUCGACGACGACUCGUACAAAACGGCUUUCGACGCCUGGGACAAGUGGUGCGAGGACAACAAAGGCGACUAUAUCCUUUCAUCGCUCGACUUCCAGCCGGUGCCGAAGUCCCUCACGGACGCUUCGAAUUCACAGAACGGAGGGAAUGCUAUGCAGAUGCCUUCCGGGCCCUGGUUCUGGCUGAACUUCUUGCUCUCGACGCCGCCGCUCCUACCGAAAGCGCGGUAUGAUAGUAUCCAAGCGAGUUUUAGGGAUAUGGUGAACAGCGUGCCGAAUGCGGAGGGGUUACCGCUGUUUAUCAAUGAUGCGGCGGCGGAUCAGGACCCGUUGAAGACGUUCUCGACGUACAGCCGACUUCAGGAGAUCCAGGCGAAGUACGAUCCCGACGACUUCUUUGCUGAUUACACCGGCGGGUGGUCGUUUGGCUAG